GGUACUGUGAUUGAGGAAGCUCACGUGCGUCUUGACGUCUCUGCUGUUUCAUUUGUGUCUGCCAGUGUGAGGAAACCCCACAAAGGGGUAGAUUUUCUUUGUAGUUUACUAGCUGCAAAUGCCAGAUCUUCUUCUACCUUUUUGUUCUGAUGCUUUUCUUUUUACCAGCUAUGACAGAAGAAGUAACAUAUGCUAAUCUGAAAUUUGAAAACAGCUAUGAACUGGAUAAUAUCACAAAGCCUGAAGAUACUAAGAAAAAAGGGCCUUCCACUUCGUCCCGCUCUUGCUGGCCAGUAGUCCUGAUUUUGCUCACGCUGUGCCUGGCAUUGCUGAUGGCGCUGGUGACCCUGGCAGUUUUAUUUUUCCAGAUUCCCAAGGAUUACAGAAAACAACUGAGAGACCUCAACAUGACAAAGAACGAGCUGCAUGCAAAUUUCUCAAAUAUGCUGCAAGCAAUAGGAUAUCAGCUAUGCUUGGAAGGGGAAAAAAACUUUAAAAAUAAUGGCCAGAACUGUGUGCUCUGCCCUGCAAACUGGAAGUGGGAAGGUGGCGAUACGUGUUACUACCACCCCGAGAAAAUGAAGUCGUGGGAGGAGAGUCACUGGUUUUGUUCCUCACGAAACUCUACUCUUCUUCUGAUAAAAGACCAAGCAAAGCUGAACUUGGUACAAACAUUUCCUAGAAGAACAUACUGGCUUGGAUUAAUAUUUAGACAUCAACAGAGAACCUGGUAUUGGACAGACAACACACCCCUUACAGAAGAACAGAAGUCCUGGACAAAGCAGAUAAGGUUCAGCCAACCAUGUGGGUAUUUUUAUCAUGGUAUCGUAUAUAGCAGAACAUGUAACGAAGAGAAUUACUAUAUCUGUGAAAAGCCCGCCAUCCAAUUACAGCGAGGUAACAACCAUUGGCAGGAGGACUGGUUUGUCAGACCAGAAUGAUUAUGAGAAGCUAGAAGAUGUUCUGCAAGACAUAUGUAACAAUAUCUUCAUACUAAGGAAAUGGGCAUGAUGACAGGCUCCAGGAGUGACCCAAGUCUGUCAUUCCAGAUCCAAAACUGCCAAAUGAUUACUCAGUUUUAACCAACAAAAGUGAUGGACAAAAUGGCCAAAAGUGAUGGCUAGGAAGAAAAGCACAGUGACAAGCCAAGCAUGUAAAGAUACUGCUCCUCUCCCAGCAUCCACUGAUACAGUCCUAAUACCGCUUGUCAGUUCAUAGCUGCACAGCUGUACCGUAACGCAAGUGAUGAGGAUUAAACACUUCCAUUCAGGAGAUGCUUCUGAUAUCUUGUUGAUCUGACUGCUUUAAUACCCUAGUAGGCUGGAGUAUGCAACACACAAACACAGAUAUUACUUGCUCCGGAGCACAGGGGUUCAUAGUCCUCGUAAGGACUUUUGAAUGUGUCACAGAAAAAGAUAUCCUUCAGCUAUGAAUGUCAAGCUCUCUUCCAUGCUCUAUACUUCUUCCUGGCACUGUUAGUUCUCUUUUUUCUUUUUUUUCCUUUUUUUUUUC